AUGGCGUACCCCGAGAAUGUUGGAAUCAAGGCCAUGGAAAUUUACGUUCCCGCACAGUGCCUAGACCAGACCCUUUUUGAAAAACACCAAGGCGUCUCUGCUGGUAAAUACACCAUUGGACUUGGUCUGAAAUACAUGAACUAUUGUACCGAUCGAGAAGAUGUCUGUUCACUCGCUCUGACGGCUGUUUCGUCUCUCCUCCGAAAGUAUGAUAUCGAUCCAAAGUCCAUCGGGCGCCUCGAAGUCGGCACGGAGUCCCUGAUAGACAAGGCCAAGUCAGUCAAAUCGGUCCUCACUACUCUAUUCGAGCCUCAUGGCAACACAAGCCUGGAAGGGAUUGAUACAAUCCACGCUUGCUACGGAGGCACUAGCGCACUUUUCAACGCCGUCAACUGGGUUGAAUCCCGUUGUUGGGAUGGCCGCGACGCUAUUGUUGUUGCAUCGGACAUUGCUCUCUACGACCAGCCCGCCUCUCGUCCCACUGGUGGCGCUGGUUGUGUCGCCAUGCUUGUCGGCCCAAAUGCACCACUUUCCCUAGACCCGAACCUGCGAGGUGUUUACAUGACCAACACUUACGACUUCUACAAACCGAAUCUCAAGGUCGAGUUGUACUCCUUACGACCGCUUUUAGGUCUGAUGAUUAGCAGAGAUUUCUGCUUUCCUCAAAGAAUCCAGAUGUAA